AUGGCCGAUUCUUCAAUUAACGAAAAAGCUAAACCAUUAGCUGAUAGCAAACUUACUCUUACUAUUUUAGAUCUUAUCCAACAAGCCAACAAUUUUGGUCAAUUAAAGAAAGGUGCUAAUGAAGCUACCAAAUCAGUUUCACGUUCAACCGCUGAAUUUGUUAUUUUAGCUGCUGAUGCCGAACCAUUAGAAAUCCUUCUCCACAUUCCAUUAUUAUGCGAAGAUAAGAAUAUCCCAUACGUUUUCGUUCCAUCAAAAUCUGAAUUAGGUCGUGCUUGUGAUGUCUCACGUCCAGUCGUUGCUUGUUCAGUUAUUGUUGAUGACAAGAGUCAAUUAAAAUCACAAAUCAAUUCAGUUAAAGACGCUUUAGAUAGAUUAUGGAUUGCCUAA